GGCCGAGGGAACUCCGAAUCGCUCCUGGGAAGGCGGAGCUGACCUGGAAACCUGUCCUUGGCCACUGUCCUAUCUAAGGAGCUCACCUUCCAGAGCCCGCCUGCACAGAACUGGCAGGGGACCCUCUUAGGAGCAGAGGUGAUGGCGAUCUUCAGGCAGCUGUCCCUGGGCGCAAAGGCCGCCCUGGCAGCCGGCACUGUCUUCGUGUCCAUGGUCAUCUCCCGCUCCUACCUGGCGGAGAGCCUCGAGCUCAGGGCCUGGCGGUGGCUGUUCCGCCUGCAGCUCGCCCUGUUUGCCAACUCGCUCAUGCUCCUCGGUUCCCUCUACAUCUGGCGAAGCACCGUCAGCAACCUCAGCCACUCCCCUGCUGCAGAGUCGGCCUGUUUCCAGCUUUGGAAGAUGGCCAUUGUGGCCUUCCUGGCCCUGGCCCAUUCCAGUUUCUUCACCAUGCUCUUUCUAGUGGCCGAGGAGCCCUAUCUCUUUUCCCUGGCGGCCUACUCCUGCCUCGGGGCAUACAUCAUCAUGGUCUGCUUCCUCUGUACCCUCAGUGGCAUGGAGCAGGCCUACCAGCUCCUGGCCUUGCACGCCGGCAGGGUGGUGGGCAGCCUUGACAAGACAAGGAAGCUGGCACUCAGGCCAGCGCUGGCGGUGCUGGUGACCGCCGUGCUCAGCGUGGUAGGGCUGCUGAACGCUGCCCAGCCCCCGGCUGUGAAAACCGUGGAGGUGCCCAUCCAUUGGCUGCCCGCCUCCAUGGACAACCUCAAGAUCGCGCUGCUCUCGGACAUCCACUUGGGCCCCACGGUGGGCAGGACCAAGAUGGAGAUGUUCGUGAAGAUGGUGAACACGCUGGAACCGGAUGUCACAGUGAUUGUGGGUGACCUGUGCGAUGCCGAAGCCUCUGUCCUCCGGACGGCCGUCGCUCCUCUGGGCCAGCUUCGUUCACGCCUCGGCACCUACUUCGUCACGGGGAAUCACGAGUACUACACAUCAGAUGUCAGCAACUGGUUUGCGCUGCUGGAAUCCCUGAACGUCAAGCCCCUUCACAAUCAGAACGUGAAGAUUUCUGCCACCCAGGCCCAGCCUGGCGGGGGUGAGGAUGAUGACUGGAUCUGCUUGGCCGGGGUGGACGACAUCGAAGCAGACAUCCUGCACUACUCUGGCCACGGCAUGGAUCUCGAGAAGGCUCUGGGGGGCUGCAGCCCGGACCACACCACCAUCUUGCUAGCUCAUCAGCCCCUGGCUGCCAAGAGAGCUCUCCAGGCUCGGCCAGAUAUCAACUUGAUCCUUUCUGGGCACACUCACGCUGGGCAGAUCUUCCCCUUGAAUGUGGCAGCCUAUCUCCUGAACCCCUUCUUUGCUGGUCUGUACCAAGUGGCCCAGACUACAUUUGUUUAUGUGAGCCCAGGCACGGCCUACUAUGGGAUACCCAUGCGACUGGGCAGCAGGGCGGAGAUUACAGAGCUCAUCCUGCAGCGGGUUCCCUGAACUCACCCCUGCCCCGUGCGCCUCCUCAUUGCCCUUGCCCUCCGUCCCCGACCCUCUGCAGAGCAGACUGCCUGCUUUAUCCCCUCCAGUCUCUCCUGCCAGCACACGCUUGUCACAAGACUGGCUUGCACCCGUGAUCAGUGGUGGGGCUGCCUGGCAAGUCCAGGCGAGUUAACUCUAUAGAUGGCCAUCUGCUUCUUUCUGUGCAUUUGUGAGGCCCCUAAAGUCACAUGUGUAGGAAC